CAAAUUGUUUUUUUUAUUGUAUCGCAAAUGGAAGGGUUCUUCUGAAUGAUUUUAGGUUGCCUUUUCGGGCUUUCGUGUUCCUCCCAGACUGGUCAUCAUUAGCGGGAUGAGUUAUCCUCCUCAGAUAUCCUCGCUAAAAUUGAAACUUCUUUGUAACCGUUUGCUGUGGGCGUUUGUUUUUUUUUCUGCUGUCAACAGCAAUGCGCCUGCUCCUCCGAGAAACGUCAGUUUCGGGGUGCGUGCUCUUGGUCCUGGUUGUUGCAGGCUCUUGCAGCAGCUGAUUCCGUGUAGUGUUGUAUUAGAAACCGUGUGGCUCUGGAAUGGCGAAACAAAAGUCGCUAAUAUUGCUAGGAUAUGACGAUGAACCGAUCCUGGAGAAAGACAAACCCUUGCUGUCCUACACAACUAACAAGAUAGGUGGCCAUGCGGAUUGGCCAGCUGGAGCGAUAGACGUACCACCGUGUGCACUUUGUGGUCAGCAGCGGCCACUGAUUGUCCAAAUUUAUGCCCCGCUAGAGGAUUCCCAGUUCCAUCGAACGCUUUACGUGUUUGCCUGCUUGAACGCACCGUGCUCUACACAGUCACAAUCCUGGUCCUGUAUCCGGGUACAGUCACUGGAAAAGAGCUCACCAGGAGUGGAGGUCGCCGAAGCGGGCACCGUGAAGCCGGUGGCAAAGGCCGAAAGUACGACGAUAAGCUGGUGCAGUGGUGCCGACGAUUGGGGUGACGAUGGGGAUCCCGAACCCUCCGAUACCUCGACGUUUAUACGGGUUGAUACAAGCAGCAUCGGUGCGGUCGCGGAACAACUGCUGAACGAGGAGAACGGUAACGUUAUUCAGUAUGAGAAAGUAUCUGACGAGGACGAUGAGAGCAACUCGAUGGAAACGGACCCACUGCCGGGGUUCGGCAAUCUGCAUGUGGACGAGCGAAAUGCAAACGCUUGCGGCGAUGAUCGUCCGAUGGUAGGAGCGACCGGUGGUGAGCUGAUUGAUAACUUGUAUACGGCAAAGGCUUCGGCGGAGAUCGAGGGCCCAGAGACGGCCGAGGUGGUCGUUGUGGAUACGCCCGUAGCGUUGAAGCGUGAUCUGAUUGCGUUGCUGAAGCAACCACAGAUCGUGCCCCGUGAUAUUGAAGAUGUAACACUGCAGCCACUAUAUAUCAGUGUCGAUGAGGAGCGAUCAAGCGCUCCGAUCGUUUCCGAUCACGUACGUCGACUACUCGACGAGUAUCAGCGGUACGAAGAAGUUGCAACAAGUCCUGAUAGCCCUGCCGAAAGUGCGUCCGCUAGCGGCGGAAAAACACUAGGAACGCAGGAACAAGAGCUCUACGAAAAGGGUGUACCGAUGCACGGUGACUUGAUGUUUCAUUCGUUCAUGACGAAGCUGCAGGAAAAUCCGGGCCAAGUGUUGCGAUACUCGCGCAAUGCGCUUCCUCUGUUGAUCGCACCUCUGAAAGAGAUCAAUGUGCCACCCCACUGCCAGUACUGCAAGUGUGAGAUGAUCUGUGAAGUGCAGCUGCUUCCAACGGUUAUCGAAAAGCUGCGAUUUGCAGCGAACGGUGAGCGUACCCCGAUUGACUUUGGUAAUGUGCUCGUCUGGACGUGCAUCAAGAGCUGCUGGGAUACGCCGGACAAAAUGCGUCAGGAACUGGUGCUGGUGCAGGCCGAAUCAUAAGCAAAGGUCGUAAGAAUGCCGAAUGAGGAAGGAUAGCAACGGGUCACAGCUAACCCAUGCCUUUAAGAAACAGAGAAAGCAAUGCGGCGGGCCCUUACCCUAUUCCUUGGAAUACCGCAAUUAAUAUGAGUCGAUGCACAAUGGAAAAGUGGAGCAGGUGAUAUGGAAGACAUCAUUUAUCGUACUGAAGACUAGAAACGAAACAAAACCCCUCGUCAAUUGGAUAGCAGAGUUACCUUAUCUCGGAGUGUGUAGUGUGAGACUUAGGGAACGAGUGGUGGAUAACACAUUUCAAUUUUAAUCCCUUCUUACUCUCUUCCUGUUGAAAUUGUCCUGGCACCGAUACCAGACGAUUUCAGCUAUUUUAAAACAAAUUUUAUAACGCGCUCGCAAAACUGGAAAAGGAAGCUUUUCCCAUGCCGGAUAUAGUAGUGUUGAACGUUUCGCUUGACAAAAUAUACCAAUAAUCGUCUCUCCUUAGGAGCAGUAGGGUAGUGAAAGACAAAGCAUUAUGCAAAUUUAGGGGUUGAUCCCGCGCUCAUCCGUUCGGUUUGGAUUCGUAUGCAUGCCGUCCGUUCCUGUUCCUUUUGCAAACCAGUACCAGGGGAUGUAGGAGAAGCUCGCAGUGUGUGGCUUGUCUAGUGGCCAAAGGAUGCGCAACGCGAAACGAUAAUGUUAAAUAUGUAAUGAGUUUGCCGCUGUUUCGAUGUAAUCGAUCGAAUUCAAUUUACUACAUACUCAAACGCGUAGGCCCCGCGAUUCAUAGUUAAAACAGCGUACAGCCAACAGUAGCGACUGCAUUUCAACGCGUGCCACACGAUACAGCAGCGUGGCCAGGUGAUUUUAAUGCUAGAUACCGAAGACGUCUUUUGAAUUUGAAUUAGCAUUUUACGUGUUUUGUCGAAUAAAGAAUUAA